GAAGUUAGGGUUAGAGGUGAGGAAGAUUUUGAAUGUGCAACAAAGGGGUUUUUUUUUUUUUUUAUGUGGGAUCCUGAUUUAUUCCUCCCCCCUACUUCGUGCAGAGUUUGAGAAAAUGUCUUCAGAAGGAACAAAAAGUGUAGUUGGGAGUGAGGUGAUGCCCCUGGACUAUGGGAGCAUGGACGCAGAGAGUAGUCCAUCUCCAUCUAGUUCGGAGAAAACGAUAGAGGGGGUGAGAGGAGAUGAGGUGGUGGAGGUUGGGGAGAGAGAGGUGGUAGAGGGAGGGAGGAAUGAGGUGGUAAGGGUUAGGAUAGAUAGCAUACCCAUCACCGUAGUAGAAGUAGAGGGUAGAGGAGAGAGGAAUUAUGAUGUGAAUGCAGAGAUAGUGGAGGAGGUGAAGCAGUACAGAUCUGAGCUAAGGACCAGGAAUAGCCUGGGUCACUUAGUAGAAAAUUACGAGAUCUCGUCUCGAGUGUUAGUUAGGCCAGCUGGGGUAGAGGAGAGGGCGUGCUCUGCUCCUCGGGAUCACUGGAUGCCUGUGUAUUCCCACUAUUUGAUAGCGGGACUCAGGUUUCCACUUCCUGAGUUGCUAGUGGGUUUACUGUUAGAUUACAACAUAGGAUUGACACAGUUAGUCCCCAACGCAAUGAGGGGGGGUAGUAUGAGAGAUAAGGGGUGGUAUUAUUUCACCCCAAGGGUAGCUAGUAAGGAGAGUAGGUCAUUGUUUACGGCGGGUCCUUCAUCCAUUAAAGGAUGGAAGGAGAAAUUCUUUUUCGUAGAUGAUACGGAGUGGGGGAAAGGGGAUUCUAAGGUGAGGGAGUUAGCCUCUUGGAAGGCCAAAAGGGCCAACCAGAAUAGGUUUAGCUUAAAUGAGGAUGAGGAGGAAGAAGUGGGGAGGUUGUUCUUGAACAUUGUUGGAGGAGCGGCCAUCCCCAAGAAGCCAAGGAAGAAGUCAAAGACUUCAACCAAACAAGUGGAUGAGGGGAAGACCAGGAAAGAGGCAGUGCUUGCGGCUUCAGCUGAGACGGAGGAGGAGGUGCCACCUCUCCCAUCAAGGAAAUAAUUUUGUUUUUUGAUUUUUUGUAAAGACAGUUAAACAGUUUGUAAUAUUUAUGUUCUGAAUGAAAAUUCAUUUUUGAAAUUAUGUGUUUAUUUAUGUUUACCUGUUUACUAUUAUAUAUUGAUAGAAGAACUGAGACUACCUUUAAAAAAGGAUAGUUAAUAAAAAAGAAGUUAAUCA